CUUGUGUUUACAAACUCUAGUGAGGUGGGAAUACGAGAGGUUAAGAAAUAUGAGUUUUGCGAGAAAUAAACUUUCGAAGCUAUUUCGACCAGUAAAUGUUCUUCCGAAAAACGUCGAAGUACAAUACGAUGGAAUUUCGAAGAGUCAGAAGAAAUUGAUUAUUUUCAUUGAUAUACAUGAUUACUCUGCAAUUUGCAAUUAAGUGCCUGAGAAAUGGUUCAUCAAGCCACCUUCAAGUUACUUCUCUGCUGUUCUACUUUCGAACAGUGCACAGGAAAAAUGAGGAGGCACAACUCAGCUACCAGAGCAGACUGUCCCAUUGACUGGAACUGAACAACACUGAUGCUGGACAUGGGCUUUAUAAGAGCUGCUAGCCCAGGAUUUUUUCAUCUGUUACCUCUUGGAGAAAGAGCUUUGCAAAAACUUAUUAACAUUGUUGAAAAGUACAUGCAAACUAUUGGUGCACAAAAAAUACUAUUACCAUUAUUGACAAAUGCACAGUUGUGGAAAGCAUCAGGUAGAUGGACCACUGAAGAGCUGCUUACUCUGCAGGAUCGACACAACAAGACAUAUGUACUGAGCCCAACACAUGAAGAAGCAGUUACUGACCUGAUAGCAUCUGUACCACAAUUAUCACAUCACCAUUUCCCACUCUUAUUGUAUCAGAUAGGAAGUAAGUUCCGAGAUGAAAUGAAACCACGGUUUGGUCUAAUGAGAGCAAGAGAGUUUAUUAUGAAAGACUUGUACUCGUUUGAUACCUCAGUUGAAAAUGCAGAAGUCACAUAUGACACUGUAACUACAGCUUACAGCAACAUCUUUAAGGAAAUAGGGAUUGAAUGCAUGAAAGUUCAGGCGGCAUCAGGUAUAAUGGGUGGGACUCUUUCCCAUGAGUACCACUUCAUUUCAGAAGCAGGGGAAGACAGAUUAUAUAUUUGUGAAAGUUGCAACUAUGUUGUAAGUGAAGACAUUUUUUCUGGAGAAUGCCCAGAAUGCAAAAGCAAAAAUUUCAAGAGACGGAGUGGGAUAGAGGUGGGCCAUACAUUCUUGCUUGGUACAAGAUAUUCAGCUCCACUAAAAGCAGUAUUUCAGACAUCAGAUGGUACCAACGGAAUUUUGCAGAUGGGGUGCUUUGGCCUGGGGCUUACAAGAAUUCUAGCAGCUGUCAUUGAAUCUCUGUCUUCGUCAUCAGAAAUUAGAUUACCCUUUUCCUUAGCUCCAUUCAGAACUUUAAUCAUACCACCAAAGGAGGGCAGUAAAGAAAGUUUUACAACAUAUUUGUCUGAAGAAUUAUAUGACGCAAUCAAUUCUUUAGAAUUAUUCAAAAAUGAUGUUGUGAUAGAUGACAGAUGUCAUUUAACAAUUGGAAAGAGGUUAAUGGAAGGACGAAAAAGUGGAUUCCCAUUUAUAAUUAUUGUGGGUAAAAAGGCAGUUGGUACACCACCAUGCUUUGAAGUACAUGAUGUUUUGAGUAAUAUGGAAAUAUCACUUCCUCUUCCUGAUCUGAUCAAGUUUAUACAGGAGAGGGUGAAAGGAGAUACCAUUUCAGAAAUGCAAGUUUCUGUUUCUUCCAGUGUAUAAUUCACUAAAUUUUCUUAAAAGUUGCUGUGAAUAAUCACAUCAAACUUAAUUUAUGCCCACUGUGAAAAUAAAAAUAUAUUUAUAUGAGCAAA